AUGUUUAAAGUGAAAAAUGACCGUCUCGAGGUGCUGUCGGCUUUCCUCCACUCGGAGGUGCCCUUGGAGGGCGUGGCCAAGAAAACGGAGGGAUUCACGGUGGCCGAGCUCGAGCGCCUCGCCCGUCGGGUACAGAUCGCUACAGCGAUAAGAGGAGCCAAACUCUGCAAUGAAGCCGACUUGGAGAAUGGACUUGAAAAUUCGAGGCCGUUGAGCACGAAGCAAUUGGAGACACAAGUGGAGAUUCGACUCGAUGAAGUCGGGGGAAUGAAAGAACAGAAAAAGACGCUGGAGGAGCUUUUGCUUUGGCCCGGGAUGUACCCUAAUCUCUUUGCAAGGUGUGGAGUGAGAAUGGGACGAGGCGUGCUUCUUUGCGGGCCGUCUGGAUGCGGAAAAACAAUUUUGGCAAAAGCCUUUGCAGCCCACACUAAAUUCCAGACAAUUUUUAUCAAGGGCCCAGAAUUGCUAUCGAAAUACAUUGGGAGCAGCGAGGAGAAUGUGAGAAAUGCUUUUGCUAGAGCCCGAGCCAGUGCUCCCUGUGUUCUACUUUUUGACGAGCUCGACUCAUUGGCGCCUAGAAGAGGAGCUGAUAGUACUGGAGUUACGGAUCGAGUUGUAAAUCAACUAUUGACAGAGAUGGAUGGAGCCGAGGGUUUGAAUGGCGUUUUCGUGCUUGGCUGCACAUCGCGAGUCGAUCUGAUCGACCCGGCGCUGUUGAGACCAGGGCGCUUUGACCACAAAUUAGUGUGUGACGCGCCGAAUGAGGAGGACCGCGAAGAAAUCCUGGAAAUCGUUCUAAAGAAAAUCGAACGCCAGGGUGAAUUUGAUUUGAAAAAGCUGGCCCAUAUGAGCGAGGGUUGGACGGGCGCUGACUUGAAUGCAUGGAUGCUGAAUGCGCAUUUCCUAGCAAGCAGGAAGAACCCAGGCGAAGAUACUCCGAUCACGAGGCACGAUAUACUAGCAACGGCCCAGACAUUGAUGACAACACGACUGAAAGGAGCGCACAAGGGCCACUCGCUGCUGAAGAAGAAGUCGGACGCGCUGAAUCUGCGUUUCCGCGAGGUGCUUCGGCAGAUUGUGGAGGCAAAGAUGGCCGUUUACGGUGAUGUAAUGGAUGAUGCGCGCUUCUCCCUCGCCGAAGCCAAGAAUCGAGCCGGCGACUUCUCACAGACGGUCAUCCAAAACGUCGCCACGGCCCGCUACCGGGUCCAAUACACCACCGAGAACGUCGUCGGCGUCGUGCUUCCGGUGUGCAAGGUCGAGAAGUCGGGCGCUGACCGCUACAUGCUCACCGGGCUCGGAAAAGGUGGAGCGAAGAUUUCGGCGGCCAAAGCGAAAUAUGCGCAAGUCAUCGAGCUGCUGGUCGAGCUGGCGGGGCUGCAGACUUCCUUUGUGAAGCUCGACGAGGCCAUCAAGGUAACAAAUCGACGAGUGAACGCCAUCCAGCAUGUGAUCAUCCCGCGGCUCGAAAACACGCUCAGCUAUAUCGUCACCGAGCUCGACGAGAUGGAACGGGAAGAGUUUUUCAGGAUGAAGAAGAUUCAGGCGAACAAACGCAAGCAAAGAGAAGCUGCUGAGACCGCGCAGGGCCCUCACAUCGCGGCAGUUACGCUGGCGGCCUACGAAUGCGAAAGUCUGAACUUCCCCGAACCGCCGUAUCCUGAAAGCAUCGUCUGCCCCGACCAGCGUGCCAGCUCCGCGGUGAACCUCUGGGCAAUUGUUUCAAAGGUCCGGGUGGAGGCUCUACUCUGGGGGAUCGGGACGGCCCUUGGCGAACUGCCGCCUUAUUUCAUGGCUCGUGCUGCACGUCUAGGAGGGCAAGAGCCGGAUGAUGAAGAUUACAAGGCGUGGAAGCGCGCACUGCGUGGGAAGGCCAAGAAGCAAAUAACCUUUACGGAUCGCGUGAAGCUUUGGAUUGAGGCGACGGUGACGCAGGUCGGCUUCCCGGGGAUCCUGCUGUUUGCUUCGAUCCCGAAUCCGCUUUUCGAUCUGGCGGGGAUCACUUGCGGCCACUUCCUCGUCCCGUUCUGGUCCUUCUUCACCGCCACCCUCAUCGGCAAGUCAAUCAUCAAGAUGCACGUCCAGAUGCUGUUCGUCAUCGUCGCUUUCUCCGAGCACUACGCCGAUCGACUUCUCCAAGUUGUAGCCCAAAUCCCUCGCAUCGGGCAUAAGUUGCGCGAGCCUUUCAAGGAAUUCCUGACCCAGCAGCGGCAGGCCCUUCACGGCAAUAAGGAUCACCAAAGCCCGAAGGCCGGCUGGGUGCAGAACGGGCUUCAGCUGAUCGUUACCGCUAUCACCGAAGCUCUCCUCUUCCAAACAGCCAAGGGGAUCAAUUUGUUCCCGAAAUGGAUUCGGGCAACAACGUUCGAAUAUCUGAAGUUCAUCAUCGGCUUCAGCGCUUGCAUCUCGGUCAUGGAGUUCUUCAAAGCCACCUUCGGGACGCUGCGGCCAUAUUUCCUCGAAGUCUGCGCCCCGGACUGGUCGAAAAUCGACUGCUUUGUGUCGAACGCAAUGGCGCGGGCCGGGUAUUCGAGACCAAUUCAAGUGGCAUGCGCUGUGAUGGCGGCCCUCGUGAAUGCAUGGACCAUCUUCAUCUUGGUCACCCGAAUCACCGACAACCGACACCAUCUCAACGACGUUAUUUUUGCUUGUCUUCUAGGAAUCGGGUUCGCCGCGUCGACCGCGAGCGCGUUUACCCGGCAACACGUCUACGAGGAGCGCGAAGUGAUGCGGGACGUCAAAUUCGAA